UUGCCGGGUGAUAUCACGUGAAGUCGAUCGUGAAGUCAAUUUCUGGAAGAAAUUUUGGGGGGAAAUUCGAGAUUUUUUUAUAUUGAGUCACGUGGUAGUGUCUUCCCAUGAUUCCAGCGCAAACUAUUGUCCAAAUUCAAUAUGGCGUCCAAUGGGAAGUGGGAAGUAGUUGGUAAAGGUGGAAAGAAAAGGGCUUCUAAUGAAGGGAAGAAGAACAAAGUCAAGGCGUCUGAUAUACCUAAAGCAGAGAUUGUCAACCCGUUGGCAGAAUCAAAAACAAUUUACCAGGCAUUUAAACACCCUAAAGUUCCUGCAACUGAUGUUGGUAAUGGACAUGUGAAACAUGCGUUGGAUGUCACAGAGGAGCUUCCAGCAGUGGUACUCGCAGAAAAAGUCCCUGAACAGGCUCCUGAAAUAAAGAAACUUAGUGCUGGUAUCAUCGGUGGUAAGAAAAAAACAGCAUCAACCAAACCGCAGAAGACAGAUGAAGAAUUACUCCAAGAGGCGCUAUCAAAGGUGGACCUUGAUGAGCUGACUGCAAUGCUAACUAACCUGGAGUCAUCCUUCCCAAGUAACCCAUCUAUUUGGUUAACUGAUAUCGCUGCACACCUUCAGCUCAAGCUUAAAGGUGUUCCUCAAAGAGACCCUGUGUUUGAGGGCAAACCAGCAGACUACCCCAUGUGCUUGGUGCCUGCUCAAUUGAAGACAUUUUUCUUUGACCUGUUGAAGAAAUGCACAGAGCCAACACUGAAACUUAUCUACCAGCGUUCGGCUGAAAACAUGGUGCAGGAACUCAGCAAAGGUUCUUCUGCUUAUGGUGACCAGAUCAUGUUGCAAUUUAUUGUACAGCGCCAGCCACAAAUCACCGUGGAAAAUUUAAAGGAGGUACAGGAGAUGCUUGUAGCUCGCAAGACUCGCACACGUGAAGCUCUAGCUUUGAUGUGGUGUGCAGGGCAGUUACCACAAAAGGACCUAUCUCAGGGCUUAGCAGUGUGGAUGGAAGUUAUGCUGCCUCAGUUAAGUGUAAAACACCUGACAAAGUAUUCCAUUUCUUAUCUUGAAAAUCUCCUAAGCAUCCAUCCAAAAGCAAAUCUCAGCAGGAAACAGGCAGUCUUGCUGAUCUACAGUAGCAGCAUUGUCUUAAUCAAUGACUAUGUUCUGAGCUGCCUCGUGAUGUGCUUGGAAAAAGAUGAAGAUUGUUUCACAAAAUGGGAGAGCAGCUAUUUAGCGACCUUACAACAAUCAGGACUGUUGUUAAAUCAUCUUCUAAACACGUGGGAUUCAUUAACUAAGGGUGUUAAGAGCAAGCUCUUUGAUACCGUUGAAGUUUUUCGAAGUAAAAACGACCCUCUUUUGGAAAGCAACAAAGCAAAGGUCGGGCUGGACAGGUGUGUGAAAGCUUGCCAGGCCAUAAAGCAAAAGAAGGCUUGCAAGCGUUCGUUCUUUUCCUUCGGAAAACUCCUCAAGUUAGUUUUGUUGUUGUUAAUAGCAGCUGUUGCUUUUGACGUCUACAAACACAAAGGAUACAAAGCGAGCAAAACAGCACAGAUUGCAAAGGAUUAUGGAAUAGAACAGGCAGCAUUAACAGGAUAUGGACAAGCAAAGAAUGGAUUCGAUGUUGCAAACAGCUGGGUUCAAACGAACUAUCCGACGUACUACAGCAAGUUUAGAGAGCACGCCGACCCAGUGGCUACGUUUGUCUGGGAAAAGCUCAAAAUUGUUGGAGCGUUCAUCGCAGAAACAACCAAACCAGCGAGAGAUUAUCUUAACGUCAAAAUACCACAGCUUUUAGAAAAGAUUGAAACCGAGGGCCCCGUGUAUCUUGGUAUAGUUCGCGACCAUUUAAAACACGUGUGGGACAAGUGUUGGCCUGUGGUGUAUAAAUACCUGAUUAUAGUUUGGGAUUUCCUGUCGGAACAUGUUCCAAUCCUCCUCGCCAAGGCACAGGAGCUUUUAACAAACCUUGCAUAUAAGAUUUACGAACUCGCCCCAGACUUUUUCUCGGCUGUGGCGUCAUGGUUCGCGAAGCUUGGCGAAAAGAUCGUCGAGAAGCUGCCUGAUGUAUUGGCUGUGAUUCAGGAAUACGUCAUCAUAGCUGUCAAUCUAGCUGUCAAUCUAAUCCACAGUGCGGUGGAGUGGGUGCAGAAUAUGGCUGGAAGUUCUGAGGUGCAAGACACAGUUCAUCAAAAAUCAACAAUGGCCGGAUCAUCAAAACCCGUACCACAAUAAAUCCAGUAACUGCCCGCAUCAAGGGACCGUGUGACUGCGUUGAAAUUUUCACUCUACCGUCUUUUGUCACUGACAACACUUGGGUCGUGAAACAAUGCUUGUUUAUACAAUCUUUGAAAUUUGCAGACAUGAAAACCUUUGCCAGUAUUUUUGUCAAAGGUCAAAGGAUUCAUCAUUUUAUUUGAUUCACCUCACACAAUACUGAGUUCUCUAGAAUAAACUACGCCCAAUUUCUUGUUGCG